AUGGAAAUGUCAACACAGCCACCCGAUGGAGUUGAGGCCAAGACCAUUGAUGGAAUCCGGCUUCAGCAGCUUUGGCUGACUUACUAUCCGAUGCCGUCUUGGUAUAUGACACCUGCUCGUGUGCAGCAACGAGAUGAGUUCUUGCAAAAGGCGCGGAAGAUAAUACAACGUGAAGACAAGCGGCAGCAGACAAGUCACCAGCAACGACAAGUAGCGGAGAAUGCUAUAGCGGAAGAUGGUGCCGUCAUAGCGGUUCACGGGCAUCUACCUGAACGGCCACGGCCAACUACGGCGAAUCCUCGUUCGCAGAAAGGUCCAGAUCGUCUCGCAUCACUUGUUACUCACCAACGUGCUGUUGCUCAAAGGCAAGCAUCAUCGGUGCACACACCGCGUGCUGCGCCGCCACAGCCUCAGCCCUCUGCAGCACGAUUCCCAGAUUACCCACCACCCCAGCCCCCACAAGCACAACCUCCUGCAUCUUUGGACGCCCGCCGGGAGCAGUUCCUCCAGUACCAACGCCGCUUUCGGCAGGCUCAGCAGCAGCAGUCGCAGCAGUAUGCUCUUGCACAUGCCCAGGCUCGGCAGCAGAAUCAACGUCCACCAGCUGAAGUUGAUCCUACCACCGUACGGAACCGCCAACGCCAGUACGGGCUAGCGCGCGCUAGUGUCUUCACCCCGGAUGAGAUUAUCGAUCUGACGCAGGAAGAUGAUGAUUGA